UUGAAUUUCUUUUUAAAAAACAAUUCGUUUAUUGGUACGGAGAAAUCAAACUGGAAUUUAGAUGACGGAUACCCACCAAAUUCAGAGAACGAUUUACUUGUAAACAUAAAUCCUGCUAGAACAAGUGGUGUUAGUCACUACCAUCGUUUGAGAUUGAUGAUUAAUACAUUGGACCACGAAUUUUUGAGUUGUUCAUCUGGAAGUUAUUUUUUUAUUACAUUAUCUAACCCAGCUGAAUAUUUGAUGGUCGAUCCUCGAUCAUUUAUCAAACCGGACACUUACGCUAGAAUACAAAUCACUCCAUUCGUGAAAAAAAUUGAUUCGCGAUUAAAAUGGCAUUCUCCAGAAGCCAGGAAAUGCUAUUUGCACAACGAGAGAAAGUUAUCUAUUUUUCAACAGUAUACAGAGAUGAAUUGUAAUUACGAAUGUGUGUUAAACGAAACUUUAACCAUAUGUGGCUGUGUUUCUUUCAACAUGGCUUAUUUAGUGGCAACCAGUGUAAAAAUUUGUGGUUUGGCGAAAAAAAGCUGUAUGGUAAAAGCUCAACAUCCGCUAUCAAAAUUCAAACAUAGUACAACCAUAGAUAAUAUGGGUACAACAACAACCACGGACUAA